AUGGCAAAUGAAACCACUCCUGUCCGAGCAGGGGCCGUAAAUGUACCUUUGGGGCAUGUGAUCGGCAAUGAGAAAUGGAAAGGAUCGCAGAUUGCUCAGGGAAUACAAGGGAAAGUUAAGCUAAUUUUAGAAGAUGGCUUAGGAAUUGUGGACUUCCAUCUUUCAAACAGAACUUGCAUUCUUUAUAUUUCUGAAGCUGACCUGGUAGCUGGAAAUGGCUUCAAACGACGACUUGUUCGCUUUAGGAAUGCCAGCAGUCUUCAAGGAAUUGUCAUAGUUGAGAAAACUCAGCUAAGUGAUCAGUAUUUCCCGGCAGUGCAGAAAUUUGUUGCUUUGGAACUUGGAAUGACGUUACUUCCAGUGGCCAACCAGGGAGAAGCAGCACAGCUUAUUAUCCAGCUAGUCCAGGAGCAAGCUAAAGACCGAGCCAGCAACCCGUUCCUUAAUCAGAAAGGACCUCGGCUCUUGGAGGCUUCUGUAUUCCAGACAGUUCAGCAGAUUCCAGGAGUUGGGAAAACGAAAGCUUUGCUGCUCCUGGAACAAUUUGGAAACAUCCACCAGAUUUGUAACGCAACCCUUCAGGAGCUUGAGCAGGUAGUUGGACGCGCAGUAGCACAACAGAUCCAUACGUUCUUUACACAAACUAAGUAACGUCAUCUUGUUGGCAUGAAAGAUGAGCGUCUUGGGAGAAAUGGUUCUCUCUUGAACAUCAGCCUGCUUAAUAGAUGCCCGAGAGAUACACAGCUGGAUUUUGCUUCAUCUAACGGAAGGUCUUUAAACAUUCUUUGCUGCAUCACCUCUGCAGGCUCGAUGCUGAGUUUAAAUGACAAGGAUGCCUGGACAUACUAUGCAGGAGUAAGGCAGUAUCACAGCCCUCCAUGGAUAGCCCUGAAGUGCCAAUACAGCACCAUGCACCAAGAGGAGCUACAUAAUGACAUUCCUUCUGUCUACUCAAUUCUGUCCCUGUUGGGAGAAUUUUAAAUUUAAAUUUUGUUUAGCUUUUGAUAGGAAUAGUGGAAACUGACCACUGUUAGGGUAAGUGUCAAGUACAUGUUAUGAGUCAGGUAGAAAUCUUCCUGAUUGCCUGCUCAAAAAGAAAGCACUGCCCAGUCCCCGAGUGUAUUUAUUUUAAAAUAUUUUUAUGCCUCUUUGCAUUUGAAGAUUGCAUGAAUCUAAAACUAAACAGUGUGAGAGUCUAAAGCCAUUU